AUGACUACCCCAGUAGAUAGACCUGAAGGUGAAAGUGCCAGCGCCGCCUCAAGCGAGUCACACAAGGACAUUGAACAAGAGAAAACGGCCGAUUCUCGAGUGUUGGUAUGUUAUUUGCUGAAAAGAUUGCCCAAUGAACGUGCUAGUGGUGUCACUAACUGGCAUAGGUCUUACAUCGAACAUUCAACGUUUUCCACAAUUUUGCAACAACAUUUGGUACUUAAAUCUAUUAGAUUUGGAAGAAACAUAAUAUGGCUAAUCGUUUCAGCUGCUCUGUACUUUAUCGGUGGCGUUCGAGUGACGUUUUCAACAGGAAUUGCUGCUGGUGGCAACCUUGCUAACGACAGUAACUACAGGACAAGUUUCAUUGUCACCUGUGUCUUUACAUUUAUAACUGCGGCUGUCAUUGCGGAAAUAUGCUCAUCACUGCCCCUGGCUGGCUCCAUCUAUCUAUGGGCAGCUGAAGCUGGUGGUCCACAGUUUGGUCGGUUGUUCGGCUUCGUCGUUGCGUGGUGGAGUACUACGGCUUGGACAACGUUUUGUGAGAUUGUAGUUUUUAAUCUCGACUUUCCUUCUGACGCCUCCAGUGUCAAGUUCCGUGCAGUGCAAUGGAUUGCAACAGAGAUUAUAGUAGCUCGCUACUUCAAGUGGAUCUUUUACUUGUCAACAUCAUCCGUCUUGCUUGACUUUGUAUUGAACAUGAUCUGGCUUCCCAUUGCCACUUCCAAAACAUAUGGGUUCCGGUCAGCCCACGAUGCAUUCAUGACUACCUACAAUGGAACCGGCGCUCCCGCAGGCUGGAAUUGGUGCCUUUCUUAUCUGGCCACCGCCGGAAUUCUGAUUGGGUUUGAUGCUUCAGGCCAUGUGGCAGAAGAGACUCGCAAUGCCAGCGUUGCGGCUGCCCAGGGCAUAUUCUGGAGUACUGUUGUCAGCGGCUUGGGAGGUUUUCCGCCAGCAGAAAUCUUCUUCAACUUUGGCGGUGCCCAGCCCUUUGUGCCAUUGUACGCUGCAGUCCUCGGAGAUGGCGGCCACAUCUUUAUGAAUAUCAUCUGCAUUGUUGCUCUUUGGUUUGUAAGUUUAUUUCUCGAGCCUUCUGUCUCUGUAUCCGGCAACUGUCGCAAUAAUCACGACCAGAAUCUGACUCUAUCACAGAACACUGCCAUUGCAGUACUUGCCGCCUCACGCCUUGUCUUUGCCGUUGCUCGAGACGGCGUGCUCCCAUACUCUUCUUGGGUAUCCAAAGUAGUUGACGGACAACCACGAAAUGCAGUAUUGGUAGUUUGGGGCGUGGCAUCCAUCAUUACUUGCACAAUAUUGCCGUCCGCCGUUGCAUUCACCUCUCUGGUUUCCGCAGCCGGCGUACCAUCUGCCGCCGCUUACGGUCUGAUCUGCCUCGGUCGCCUCUUUCUUACACCGAAUCAAUUUCCAAAGCCUGCGUGGAGUUUAGGACGCCUGAGUAAGCCAUUUCAGGCUAUUGCUGUGUUGUGGAAUGGGUGGGUAGUGGCCGUACUUUACUCGCCGUAUUCGUUCCCCGUAUCGGCAUCAACGCUCAACUAUGCACCGGUAAUCAUGGGAAUUGUAACCAUCUUUGCAUUGAUUUCGUGGUGGUUUAUUCCUGCCCAGCGUUGGCUGCCUAGCGAACGAAUCCAAGAAACUUUAAACGCAAGAAGCCCAAGCAGCCAACAGGAUUUGAGGGAAGAAGUGCAAUGA